AAUGGCGAAGGGGGUAGAAGUAGGAGGAGAAGGAGGGGAGGAAGGAGAAGAAGAAAACAGGAUAGUGCAAAAAGAAAGAGAGAGAGAGAGAACUAGAGAAGAAAUAGAAGAAGAAAAAUGCGAUAAUGGUACAGAUAGCUAUGAUGAUAAUGAAAAUAACGUAAAAGAAAAGAAAAAAGUUGAUGAAAAGUUAUUUCUUCGAUUGGUCUACGAAGAGAGAGAGAAAGGGGGAAGAGUGGGAGAGAAGGAGGGAGAUGGUGAGAGAAAGUGA